CGAGGAGCUGCAGGUUUGAAGCAGUGUGUUGUUUAAGCUCUCUUACUGCAGAACAACGCUGCACACUUUAGACUGUUUACAACAUUAAAAAACAGCUUUAUGUGCAGUUUUUUUUUGCUUUUUUUUUGCUAAACCGAAACAAACGAGCAGGAACCAUAAGAAACGCAGAUCAAAGUGCAGAGGUCUUGUGUGGGAGAAUAAAGGAUCCAGACAUGCCUCUAACCAGGGGGAAGAAACCUGCAGCCACUGCCGGGAGCAAGGUCCCAAAACCGAAUGCAACAACCAGUGAGAACCAGGAGGAAGGCCCACAGGUGAAGAGGUCCUCCUCUCCUCCCCACGGAGCCCCGAAGAAGAGGACCGCUUUCAUCGACAUCACCAAUGCUCAUAAGGUUACGAUCAGCCUUCCGGGGAGGAAGAAGAAGGAGGCGGCGAAGAAGCAGGUGAAGAAAACGAGCGCCGCCACGGUGUCAGCGAAGAACAACGCCAACCUGAAAAAGCCUUCGUCGGAGAGCUCAGAGGGGACGCCUGUUGAGAAGACUGAUGCAGAGGAGGAGGAAGAGGAGGUGCAGACGGACGUAGCAGCCCCAGUAGAAGAGCUGGUGGCUGCUGCGCCCCCUGCUGCCUGUGAGGUGCCGUUACACCAUCAGAAACAACAGAUCCCAGAGGAGUUUGACAUCGACUCUGAGAACUCAGAGGAUUGUUAUAUGUGUCCAGAGUACGCAAAGGACAUAUUUGACUACCUCCAACAGAGAGAGGAGAAGUUUGUCCUCUGUAACUACAUGCCCAAGCAGCCCAGCCUCAACACGGAGAUGAGGGCCAUCCUCAUCGACUGGCUGGUGGAAGUACAGGAGAACUUUGAGCUGUACCACGAGACCCUCUACCUGGCCGUGAAGAUGACCGACCACUACCUCGCCAAGACGCCCGUCCACAGGGAGCUGCUGCAGCUCGUGGGCUCCACCACCAUGCUCAUAGCCUCCAAGUUUGAGGAGCGCAGUCCGCCGUGCGUCGACGACUUCCUGUACAUCUGUGAUGAUGCGUACAAGAGGGAGGAGAUCAUCUCCAUGGAGGCCAACAUCCUGCAGACGCUGGGCUUCGACAUCAACAUCCCCAUCCCGUACCGCUUCCUCAGACGCUUUGCCAAGUGUGUGAGUGCGGGGAUGGACACGCUGACUCUGGCCCGGUUCUUCUGCGAGAUGAGUCUCAUGGAGAUGGAGCUGGUGUCGGAGAGAGGCUCGCUGCUGGCGUCCGCCUGCCUGCUGUUGGCGCUGGUCACCAGAGACCUGGGAGGAUGGAGUCCCAUCCUGCAGUUCCACUCCGGGUAUCAGACGUCAGAUGUGGCGCCCGUCGUCAGAAAACUCCACGAGAUGCUUUCAGCUCCUCCGGACGACAAACUGAAAGCCAUCAGGAACAAAUACUCUCACAAGGUGUUUUUCGAGGUCGCGUCCCUGCCGUUGGUCAACGGGGACAUUUUGGAAGAAGCUUUAUCUCAGUGAGACGUCACCUCCUCUCAAAAAAUACAACAUUGCCAGUCAAACCUGUACAUAAUUUGUUAAUACGUUUAAUAUUUAUACAUGUUGUGUCUCCUGUCUUUUUAUAUAAUAUUGGAAAUAAAUCUUUAAUUCCAGUUUUUGAUGGAAAAGAGUUCUUAUGUGGGCUUUUUGUUAUUCUAAAGUUAUGCCAGUUCAUUGUGUUAAAAGCUGUUUUUAAUAAUGGCUUUUAUAGUGUUACAUUUGAGUCAGUUUCUUGUGGCAUUUUUAUUAGAGGAUACAAAGGGAAAAAAUCUUAAUUCUUUUGUAAUUUGUACGCCCCGUUUUAAAAUACGUUUUAAGGUAGAGGAGUCAGUAAAUUAUACUUUCUACUGAUGAAUUAUGCACCAGCCUGAACGUUUUCAUACAUUGUUGAAGUUAGACAGCAUGUUUGUAUGAUUUCCAUACGUUGUACAGUGUUUAUCAUGUUAAUAUCACUCUGCUAAUUAUUUGUAUAAAAGACGACCCAAUGAUGCUGUGCUAUUUUUUUAAAUGGCUGUCAUGC